AUGAGUCAUUAUGAUUUAAUUAAUCAAUUUCUUGAUCAUACUUCCAAUACUUACAAUCGGAUCCUAGAAAGUCCAUCCCGUCUCUCAAUUAUUGUAGACCGAUUACGAACUCAAAAUUCAUCUCAGCACUUUGAAUUUUUAUGCCCUUCAGAUCAUGGUCUUGAUGCUAUUCUAGCAAUUCACGAUGUUGAUUAUAUAGAAUAUUUAAAGUCAGCUUAUGAGGAAUGGUGUAAGGAAGGUGGUAAUAGAGAUGGGGUAAUACCGGAAGCAUUUCCUCAUAGUGGGUUUAUUAGUACUAGUCGAGACAAGAUUAAGAACGCCAAAUCAUCACUUGCUAAGGCCGGAUUUUCAAAUAUCAGUGGUGGAAGCUGUUUUCUUAAUAAUGCUGCUAUCGCUGCUAAACUAUUGAUCAAUGAUCUUGAUUCUAAUGGAAAUGCUAGAAAAGUUAUCAUAUUGGAUAUUGACUAUCAUCAUGGAAAUGGAACACAAGACAUUUUUUAUACUCAAUCAAAUCCUUUAUAUGUUUCAUUACAUGCAUCAAAUGAUUAUCCAUGGUUUACUGGUGAAACAACAGAAAUUGGUGAAGGUGAAGGUGAAGGUUAUAAUGUUAAUAUUCCAUUACCAAAAGAAACUAGUGAUGAAGUAUAUUGUAAGAUGUUAGAAAAAGUUAUUAAAGAAAAGAUUGCUUCUUAUGAGGCAUAUUAUCUAAUUGUCUCUCUGGGUGGUAU